AUGCAAAACAAGAAGCAGAAACAAAUAAAGAAAAUCGGCAAAAAGAAGCAGCCGCCCAUGCACUUGAGCGCAGCAGCUGCGAGGGCAGCAGCUGCGCCAGAAUCUGCUGCAGCAGCAGCAGCAACAGCAGCGCGAUUUGCAGUGGAAGAGCAGCAGCAACAGCAGCAAGAUCUGCAGCGGCAGAGAAGCAGCAGCAGCAACAGCACGAUCAGCGGCGGGAGAGCAGCCGCAGCAACAGCAAGAUCCGCAGCGGCCGAGCAGCAACAGCAACAGCAGCAGCAGCAACAGCAGCAGGCCACCUCGAUCUCUUUGUUGUCUUUGGUGUUUGCGCUGGCCAACAGCUUUUUCUUCAGCGGCUGCACUCUAAACAAAAUGGGUUUGGAGCGAAAAGGAUUAAAAAGAAAAAGUUCUCCUUCGCCGUACAAAAAAGGGGAAACAGAACCUUCAAACAAAAGCAGCGGCAGCAGCAGCAGCAGCAGCAGCAGUGGCUGUACACCUGGUGGCUUGCGCGAGGCCGCGGGGUGUACGUACACCUGA